GGUUAAUUUAAAACUUGCUUGCCAGUAAUUGUCAUUGCCCUGAAGAAAUUUUUAUUAUUUUCCAAAGUGCUCAUAAAACGGAUAAAACACUUGAAAAUGUAUUAAAUUUUCUUUGUGAAUCCGUGAAAACUAGUCAGAGAAGCACAUGGCGCUCCUUGGAGCUCAAUUGGUCAUCACGCUGGUAAUGGUGAGUCUGAUGCAGAAGCUGAGUCCACACUUUUCCCUGGCCAAGUGGAUACUCUGCUCAACGGGACUCACCCGGUACCUCCAUCCGUCCGACACUGAGCUCAAGAAUCUCGCCGGUGUCCCCAAGGGCAAAGGUAAGUCCGGGAAGGGGCAGGGAGUGAAGAAUGGAGGAAGCGAUGGCACCUUCCACAUCCCCCAAAAUCUCAACAUUCAGCUGGAAACGGCCAAGAUUUCAUCGUCGGAUGUUGUGCAUCUGAGAUAUUUUACGGAAUAUCAGUGGCUGGUGGAUUUUAGCUUGUACUCUGCUGUUGUUUAUACCAUCUCUGAGAUCUUCAGUUACUUCAUCCCGCCAAAGGAUGAGGUGAAUCUGAGCAUGAUGUGGUGCCUCUUGGUGAUUUUUUUUGCCUUUCGGCUGCUGAUUUCUCUCACGGUUCAGUACUUCCGGAGCGAGGAAUCUAUCGGGGAGAGGUCCACGUGCAUAGUAACUGGGUUUUCUUACCUCCUGGUUGCCAUGAUGGUGCUGAUUGUGGACGAGAGUACACUGGAAGUUGGCCUGGAUCGAGCGUACAGUGUUUUCAAUCAGAGCGCUUCGGUGUUUUUGGAGACACAGGGCAUCUCCUCGAGUGGUCCAGCAUCCAAGAUCAUUGUCAAGUUCUGCAUUGCGGUGAUGUGCGGUCUUCUGGGUGCCAUUUUCACCUUCCCGGGGCUCAGAAUGGCUCGAAUGCAUUGGGAUUUGCUGAAAUACUGCCAUGAGAAUCGUCUGCUGCAGAUUCUCCUCAAUGUCAACUUUGCCCUGCCUUUUGUCCUGGUCAUCAUGUGGGUGAAGCCCAUCAGCCGGGAUUACCUAACUGAACGAGUCUUCCGGGGCCUGGAAGGUCCUCUGAUGACUCCUCAUGCCUUCGAAACCACUCGCCUGAUUCUCGUUGUCUUCGUCGUCCUCCUUCGCUUCGUCCUGAUGCCCUUCUACCUCCAAGCCUACCUCAAUCUGGCCCAUCAGCGAGUCGAGGAGCAAAAAAAGGAAGUGGGCAGGAUCACAAAUGUCGAGCUUCAGCGCAAAAUCGCCUCCAUUUUCUACUAUCUCUGCGUAGUGACUGUCCAGUACGUAGCUCCCAUUAUCAUGUGCCUCUACCUGGCCCUCAUGUACAAAACCAUGGGCGGCUACCGCUGGACAUCCAUCUUCACUACAGCCCCAGUCGACGUGGCUGAGUGUCCAGCUGACGAUCUCCUUCCUGUCCAGGCCACAGAGGAAGAAUUCGAAAGUAUCAUCUCUUCAGCGAGAGCCAUUCAAUUGUCCCUGAAGAGCCUCAAAAACGUCUUCAACGAAGAAGUGUACAGAGGACUCUUUGGAUUUGCCACAUGGUGGAGUUGCUUCGCCUGGUUCGCUGCCACUUCCCUCGGAAUGAUCUAUCAGUCCUACUUUGACAAGAACUAAAAAUAAAUCCCCAUCGGGAGGAUCUUCAGUGUCAUUUCCCGCGAAAAGGGAAAUUUUUGUGUUGAUUUGCAAUCGGAUUGUUGUAUUAUAUUUGAAGAAUAAAUUAUUAGAUAAUAGUGAUUUUA